GAUUAUUUCGGGUAGUGCUCCUGCAGCUGGAGACUAUCAUGGCUGCCCUUUCCGGCAUAUGGAUCCAGAGCUUCUACGACAACGACUGCUUUCAGGUGGUCGUCUUUCAUCAGAUGUCGCAGAAACCAUUGUACAGAAAGCAAAAGAAAGACUUUAUCAUCUAAGCUGUCGUGAAUAUUACGUGGGAUGUUGAAAUUGAGUGGAGAUGAUUUAUCCGGAGUAACUAUUCAUCAUCCAAACCAGUAUUUUGAAGAAGCUCGGAAGAUUCUACAAAAUGACAAGGAUAAAUCCUCUACUGACAAGGUUCUAGUGAAAAAAGUUAAAAUGUGUGAUGAUAACGAUGAUCGACUACUUCAAAUGAUGGAUAUGACUGAUGCAAAUUUUGAGUCUCAAAUCGAUGACAGCAUGCUGUGUUGAUUCAAAAUAUCAAAUUUAUCAUUUGUUACUGCACUUGAGAUUCUUCACUUAGCUAUUUUAUACUUUUAUUUGUUGUUCUGUACGCAUAUAUCUUCAAGAAGUCGAUGUGAAACUGCCAGAAACAUCCUGAAUCCACUUUUUCUUCCUAUUAUUCCCAAUACUGUUUUCUUUAUUUGUGUACUAUCUUCUAGAUGCUUCUGGUAUUAUUCAUGGUAAAACUGGGAUUAUUGCAUUUACGAUUAAUGAAACUUUCAAAUAAUCUAUUUUUUACACAUUAUCCACUGAAAUUGCACACGCUACUGAUGAUUUCACCUUUUUUAUGAGCAUGAUGUUAAUGCUCUCCUAUGAAGAGUAGCUUAUUUUUUUUAUCGAAAAAUCUACAUCAUGUUCUAAAUUGUACUAUUUUUGAUAAUUAACCUAUGUGGAAAUAUCUUGAAACAUGUACAGUCAUCCAAUUUGCAUGUCAGUUAAGUAUGUAAAAGCUAAUAACUGAAUUACACAUAGACUCACAGUAAACCUGUUUGCAAAAUCUCGUCAGUUGACGAAUUCAUUUAUCUUCUUAUUACCUAACAGAUUGGUUGUUCAGCAGAGAUGCCUGAGAUCCACUUACUUUCUAUUGUUGACAGGUUGGUUACAUUCUGUUUUUUUUUCUUAUGAUAGUAGACUUUCAUGGGUCUUCAUUCGAUUAGUUAUUUAUUUUCCUCAAGUACUCUUGAACGAUAUGCUGAGAUAGCGUAGAUUUCGUAAAUCAUUAAACUAAAACUUUCAGUGAUUGUUUUAAAAAUCAG